UGGAUCAGCGACAGGCUUCAGUUGAGGAGCGGGACGGACGUGGCGUGGAAAACCUGUGGACCUGCAGAAAUAUGGUGGAAAACGGGAAAACCUGGUUGAGGCAGUUUCAACGCAUGCAGGCUCUGGAUGCCUGGCUGAAGGAGACCAACACCACACUGACCCAGCUGAACGGCCAGAGGAAGUAUGGAGGACCACCGGAGGUGUGGGAUGGUCCCCCCCCUGGAAAAUGCUGUGAGGUCUUCAUCAGUCACAUCCCACGGGACGUCUACGAGGACCUGCUAAUCCCCCUGUUCCGUUCUGUUGGACCGCUCUGGGAGUUCCGCCUCAUGAUGAACUUCAGUGGCCAGAACCGCGGCUUUGCCUACGCCAAGUAUGGCACUAACGCCCUUGCGAUGAAGGCUAUCCAAAAGCUAAACGGCUACAUGAUCGAGCCCAACUGCUACCUUUGUGUCCGCUACAGCAUAGAGAAGAGACACCUUAGCAUUCACAAUCUGCCAUCCUCCACAAGUGUACAGAACCUGCAAGAGGUUCUGCAGGUGCUGGUGGAGGGCGUGGAGAGGGUGUCUCUGAAGACUGGGCCUGGGAUAGACGGGGUCUCUGCCGUCGUUGGCUUCUCGUCCCAUUUCACUGCAUCAAUGGCCAAGAAGGUUCUGGCAGCAGAUCUCAAGAAGCACUGUUCAUUGGAGGUGUUCGUCACGUGGGAACCAGGCGAGGAUCUGAGCCCCAAACAGCCCUCUUGUUCUCAGGCUCCAAAGAUCCUGAUGCAGCCCUGCUUCCUCCCUUGUGGCCAGGCCAACCCAGACCCCCCAGUCCCGUCUCAGGGAUUCUGUGGAGCAGUAGGGAAGCCGGUCUCCCUGACCUCUCUGCAGCCCCUGGUGUCCCCGGUGGUGGUCCUCCAUAGGUUCUGUGAGCUGAACGGCUACGGCCAGCCAUUGUAUGAGCUGAGCAAAGGCUUGCCCCGAUCAGAUGGAUUUGUCGAAUUCUUCUACAAGGUUCUCAUCCAGGGCGUGAGAAGCAGCUUCCGUGGGACGGUCAUGGUCCUGCCUGGACCUAACUGCAGAGCUACAAUAGACGAGGCCCGGCGGGCCAUCGCCCAGCAGCUGCUGCUGAAAAUGCCCAACUCCCAUUUGGCCGCCUGAAGUCUGCAGUUGGUUUUAUCACCGCCAGGCUGGUUUCUG